AUUUUGGUAUGGCGAUGUGACGUCAUAAGCCUGCGCUCCCGCGUCUGUGAUUCGGCUGAAGUAAGGAAUGGACCUAAUGCUGCAGCACCCACCCUAGUCCAGGCCUGCUUCCUUACCAUUGUGCUGACUAAGACAAAGUGUCCAAACACUGAAAAUCUCCUGAAGCAGCUGAGAUCCACGUGACACACGAUUAUAAAGAUGGAGUUUAUUAAAGAGGAGAGUGAAGAAACAUUCAGAGUCAAACAUGAAGAUACUGAGACAGAAACACUGAAGGAGUUUAUUAAAGAGGAGAGUGAAGACGUGAAGAUUGAAGAAACAUUCAGCGCCAAACAAGAAGAUACUGAGGAACAAACAGACUUAACAGUGCUGAAAGAGGAGAGGGAAGGACUGAACGAAACUGAAGAGAAAGAUCUUCAUGAUUUCAUAACUGAUGAAAAAUAUUUUUCUUCCUUACAGUCUGAAAAGACUUGCAAGCGAAAAAAAGCUAAAAAGACAAAAAAUAAGAGUUAUUUCCCUUGCCUUCAGUGUGGAAAGAGGUUCACUCGAAAAGGAAACCUUAUCAAGCACAUGAGAGUUCAUACUGGAGAGAAGUCUUUCAUCUGCCAACAGUGUGGAAAGAGUUUCAGCCAACAAGGAAACCUUAAAAACCACAUGAGAAUUCACACUGGAGAGAAACCUUACAACUGCAAACAGUGUGGAAAGAGUUUCACUCUAAAAGGAAACCUUAACAAGCACAUGAAGGUUCACAUUGGAGAGAAUACUUUCACAUGUUGUCAGUGUGGAAGAUGUUUCAGUAAUCCUGGAGACCUUAGAGUCCACUUGAGAGUUCACCUUGGAGAGAACCCUUUUAUCUGUGAACAGUGUGGAAGAAGUUUCAGCACAAAUGUAAAACUCACAUACCACAUGAAAGUUCACAAUGGAAACAGACCUUUCACCUGCAAUAUCUGUGGGAAAAGUUUCAGGCAAAAACAAAACCUUUAUGCCCACAAGCCAAUUCAUACUUUGGAGAGACCUUUUACCUGUCAACAGUGUGGAAAGAGUUUCACUCGGAAACAUGUGCUUAAAAUGCACAUGAACAUUCACACUGGAGAGAAGCCUUACACAUGCCCUCAGUGUGGAAAUAGUUUUACUAAAAAAGGAAACCUUGACAUGCACAUGAAAAUUCACACUGGAGAGAAGCCGUUCACAUGCUAUCAUUGUGGGAAGAGUUUCAGUCAUUCUGGAUCCCUUAAACGCCACAUGAAAAUUCAUGAUAGAAAGAAGCCCAACAGAUCCCCACAGUGUGGAAAGGGUUUCAGUCUACCUAACCUUACCAGGCACAUGGAAGUUCGUAAAGAAGAGAGGCCUGACAGCUCUGAAUCAAACAGUUUGAAUCAAAGUGGAGAAAAUAGGAAAAUUCACACUACAUUGAGCCGUUUUUCCUGCCAACAGUGUGGAAAGAGUUUCAGUCAAAAAGGAAACUUUGACAUGCACAUGAGGGUUCAUACUGGAGAAAAGCCUUACACGUGUAAACAGUGUGGAAAGAGUUUCAGUCAAAAGGGAAGCUUUAAAACGCACAUGAGAGUUCACACUGGAGAAAAGCCUUACAUGUGUAAACGAUGUGGAAAUGGUUUCAAUCAACAAGGAAACCUUGACAGGCACAUGAAAAUACACAAUAAAGAGCAGCCUAACGGAUCCCCUCAAUGUGAAAAGAGUUUCAAUGAAAAUGUACAAAAUGGAUAGUUCCGGUCCUUGAUUCUGAUUGUUUGUGCCACAUUCCAAGCUGUUGUAAAUACACCUCAUAGUUAAAUAAAUAAAUGUAUGCAUUUAGCAGAUGCUUUUAUCCAAAGCGA